AUGGCGACACCCCCCUCCACAGCGAAUGCUAACGUCGCGUCGUUGUCAUGGCAGCAGGAGGCACGUCACGAGAUGUCUCACGCGGAGCCUGCGGCGAAGUCACAGGACGGCAACGUGUGUGGGCCCGGCUCAGUGACCAGCAGUCACCCGAGCACGCCCGGUCAGCUUGACCAGCUGUCUCAGCAGCAGCAGCAGCAGGGUCCCCCGAGCAUGUCAGGGAGCGGCCCGCCCACCCCCAUCCUCACGAUGAGCGGGCAGGGCAUCCCCGCGCUGCCGUCGUCCCGACCACACACGCCGCAGGUGCUGCAGCAGCAGCAGUCAUGGUUAGGGUUCAUGAAUGGUUGGUGUUCAUGGGAUGAGGUUAUGUCAAUACUAUAG